AGAGAGAGGCGCGGAGAAACCGGAAGCAGUAUGGGUUUGAGCCCACAGGAAAGGACGGCGGUGUCCUCCCUCCUCUCGUCGCCCCCGGUUUUGGUUCCUCCCUCCCUCGCCGCGGUUGGUUUGGGUUUGCCUUCCUCUACUACAUGUAUGGAGUGAUGGACGGAAAUAUCAAUCCACUUUCUCCUCCCGAUUUAUACCCACCUCCGAUCCCUUCCCUCGCCCACGUCGUCACCGCCCCGCCGGAGCCAACCUGUCUCGCAUCUUCCGGACCGUACGUCUGCCUUCCGCCCUUUCACCGGCUGCUAAAGCGAACCAAGAUCCCGCUUUGGCAACGGUUCCUGGGCUCGGCGGCGCUACCGGUUCGUGAAUCCUGAGCGGUCUCGCCUUGUCAUGCCGGUGCAGGUCGGAGGGGGGAAGGCGACGGAGCCCAGAGGGAAGGUGGAGCUGUCGCCCACCGCCGUCGCUGACAAGGGCCGCGCCUCGUCCAAGAGGAACCGCCGCCGGCAGAAGAAGGCGUCGUCCGCCGCGGCGCCUUCUUUCUCGCCCGCGCCGGUGGCCGCGAUGCAGAGGCUGUUCGACACCAGCAGGGAAGUCUUCGCAGACUCCUCGCCGGGCUUCGUGCCGCCACCGGACGCCGUGGCGCGCCUCUCGGGCCUCCUCAAUGAUUUAAAGCCGCAUGAUGUUGGGAUAAACUCUAGUAUGCCAUAUUUCAAGCACGUCAAUUCUAAAGGGCCGCCUCAAGUUACUUACUUACAUUUCUACGAUUGCCCGAAGUUUUCGUUUGGUAUCUUCUGUUUACCGAAAUCAGCUGUCAUUCCCCUCCACAACCAUCCCGGGAUGACAGUCUUUAGCAAGAUACUAUUUGGUUCCAUGCACCUGAAGUCAUAUGACUGGGCGAGAAGUCCUCCGGAUAGUAAUAAUAGUACACUUGAGACCUCAGAUGGAGCUCGUUUAGCCAAGGUAAAUACAGAUGCUGUUUUCGAUGCUUCAGCUGAGACCGUAGUUCUAUACCCAGAAAAUGGAGGGAACUUGCACUGUUUUACUGCGUUGACCCCUUGUGCUGUACUUGAUGUGAUGGGCCCCCCGUACAACUGUGCUGACGGAAGGGAUUGCGCGUAUUACGAUGAGUCCCCGAGUUCAUGGGGCGGAGAUGAACAAUAUUCUUGGCUCAAAGGGAUUCCUAGCACGUUCGAAAUGAAAGGUAUACAGAUGGUGCGAAAGUUUACUGUCUAGACAAGACUUGCUGAAGUUGUGGCAAACACUUGAAACCACUUGCGAUGAGGAUCAUGCGAAUGCCUUUAGCUUGAUGUAGAUAUCUGUAACUGCGAAGACAGACAGAUGGUACAAGGGAAAGACUGCGCUAGGAAAGUCGACAAGCGACACACUUGACAUUCCUUUGGCUUAUUUGGUCCGGGUUGAAACAGUCUCUUGUGAUUUUCGGAUGACUCUGCUUCUCUUAUGUUACCUAAUAGCGUGAUUCAAUUUGGGUGUACUGCCCGCAGGACUUUUUGGGACAUGAUCACCUUUUGUUUGCCCAGUACAAGUGUACGCAGGUGUUUUUGGAUGUGAUCAUGGACCAAAUUCUGUGGGUAGUUUACUUUGUUUUAUGAGCAGGGAGGGUAGUCCUUUUUUGCCUGCUUGUUAGCGGCAUCUCUUGUUCGUGCUUCAAGGGUUUAUCUUUUGUUUCAUGAACAAAGAAAUGUCUUGUCACAGUGUCAUACAGUAUCUAUCUGUGAGAUGACCUUUUUUUAGCUCA